AUGAGCAAGUGGGGAUUAAAUUUUGAUAUCUCUAAUAUUACAGCAGCUACAAGUAAUUUAGGCAAAGUUAUAAAGAAUGUUGAAAAAUCAAUAGAUAGAGCAGUCGGUAUACCAGAUGAACCAGAGGAUGGGUCAAGUGGUAACAAUAGUAGUGCAAAUACAUCGUUUGCUGAUGGUAGUUUCUUUGGCUAUUCAUUUUCAUCACCAUCUACUCCAUCUAAAGAUAGUUCUCCAAUUAAAUCAAUUAAGGUACCAGAGGGACCUAUAUUUAUUAAAUCUGAAGAUAAUGAUGAUGAAGAGGAUAAUGAGGGGCCACUAUAUGAUAUAAAGGAUGAAGAAGAGGAAGAAAAGGGGGAAGAGAAGUUCGAAUCUAACGAUAGAGUUGAAUCAAUGCAGGAAGGUACUAUUGAAGAAAAUACCACAGAAGCAUAUAGCGACGAAAAGAUAAUGGAGCAGCAAUUGGUUACUGCUGAUAUAAAUAAUGUUACAGAAAAUAUAGUUGUUCAAGAUAAUCAAAGUAUAGAUUUAAUUGACGAAAGUAUUAAUUCUCAAAAAGAGACUAAAAAAGAAUCCAUACAACAAAUAGAAGAAGAGUCAGUUGAUCAAGAACCAAUAGAAAUCCAAAAAGAAAUUAUACAAGAAAAUAAUAUAGACCAUUAUAAUGAUGAUAAUAAUAUAGAAAAUACUAUAGAAAAUACUAUAGAAAAUACUAUAGAAAAUACUAUAGAAAAUAAUACUAUAGAUAGUAAUUUAAACAAUAAUAUAGAUAUCAACGAUAAUGACAGUAAUAAUGAUGGCAAUAAUGAUAGUAGCAAUGAUAAUAAUAAUAAUAAUGAUCAUAAUAAUUUUUUAAAUAAUGAUAAUAAUGGUAAUAAUAUAGAUAUUAAUAAUAAAUUUUUAGAAUUAGAAAAUAAAUUUAAUAUUUUGACAAUAGUAAAUAAUGAACAAAAAAGAAUUUUGUUAGAAAAAGAAAAAAUGAUUAGUGACUUGACAAAUAAUACUUUAAAGCUUACAAAGAUAAAUGACCAAUUAUUAGAAGAUGUCAAUAGAUUAAAUACAGAUUCAAAAAAAGAAAGCUUGGAAAAUUUAAAAGAAGAGUUCAGUAGAAGAUUGGGUCAGAUAGAGAAAAAGCUAAUAUCAGUAACAAAAGAAAGAGAUUCAUUAAAGAGUGGUUCACAGUUUUCAGACUCGGUUCAAGAGACUAUGAAGGAAAAGGAUGAAAGGAUAAACCAAAUUUUAAGCGAGGGUACAGCUCUUAGUCUUAAAAUAUCACAGUUAGAACAAACCAAUAAAAAGUACAAGCAAACGCUAAAAGAAAAUGAAGACACAAUCAAGAUGUUAAAUGAUAGAAUUAAUAAUACUGAACAGUUGCUUUUGGUUAGAUCAGAAAAAUUAAAAGCAUUCGAAGAGAGCGAUAAGAGAUAUCAAGAUACUAUUAAUACUAUGAAAGAGGUUACCGAUACAGCAUCAAAGAAAUCUGAUCAACGUGAGCUUGAGGCCGAGAAAGCAGUUAGACAAGCUACUGAUUUACAAGCUGCUUUGGAAAAGUCAUGGAAAGAUAUAUCCGAUCUUAAUAAACAUCACUCAAUUGAAAUUGAUCGUUACUCUAAACAAAUCGAAGAAGAAAGAGUUAGAGUUAAAAACGAGUGUCAAAUGAUCUAUAAUCAAGAAAAAAAGGACUAUGCCGAAAAGAUUGAGCAUUUAGAAACUAUUAUUCAAGAAUUAAGAUCAACUCUAAAUAGAAAUAAUGAAAAAGCAUCAUGGAAGGAAGAGGAACAUAAUAAAGAGAUUGGGCAUCUUCAACAAAGAUGUAGAGAUGCAGAGGUUAGAAAUGAUCAAUUGAGCUCAUCAAUUCCUCAAGCUACCCGUCCAUUGUUAAAGCAGAUCGAGUCAAUGCAGGAGCAGUUUAAUGAGCGUCAAUUAACAUGGGAAGCAUUAGAAAAGAAUCUAAAUCAACAAAUCCGUGAAGAGCGUUUAAAGGCCGAGCAGGUGCUUAGAGAUCAACAAGAAAUCAUUAAUGAACUGGAGGAAUUAACAUUGAAAUUUAAACUAUUAGAAACCGAAAGUAAAAACGAUAAAAAGAAAUUAAAGACAUUAGCUAGGGAUAUUGAGACACUAAAAUCAACUCAACAAGAUGACCAACAAAAGAUUCAGGAUCUUGAAGCUACACUUCAAGAGUUUAAGGAUAAAUUAAAAAAUUCAGAGUCAACAUUAAAUGAAAGUGAAUCAAAGAUUAAUGGUUUAAAUAAAGAGAUUAGGGAUUUAGAAGAAAGAAGACAAAGAGAAAAAGAAUUUUAUGAAAAAGAGUCACUAAACUUUAAUAAAAAAUAUCAACAGCUUUUAAUUCAACAACAAUUACAACCAUCACCCCCACAGUCUAAUGGUAAUAGUAUCAAUGCUUCACAAGAGUUAUCAAAUCCUUUAGCAAAUAGUAUUGGUUAUGAUAAAAAUACAACUCCUAUUUCAACUCCAUCAAAAUCAAGCUUUUAUGGCGGUUUGAAGAAAACUCCAAGUACCCAUGACUUUUUAAAUAACGCUUCCUUCCCAGCUUCAUUAGAAUUUUUACAAGCAACAUUAUCUCAAAAAGAAGGUGAGGUAGCAUCAUUACAACAUCAAAUCCAGUCAUUAGAUUCCUCAAGGAAAAAACUUGAAAACGAAUUGGUUAAGUUAACGACUUAUAACGAGGAAUUAUUAGCAGAAUGCAAAGAUUUAAAACAACAAAAACAGGAUAUUAAAGAUUUAGAAACAAGAUACCAAACAUCAUUGGUUUUAUUGGGCGAAAAAGAAGAAUCCGUAAACGAAUUAAGAAUGGAUAUUAUGGAUAUGAAAGAUUUAUAUAAAAACCAAAUUAAUGAAUUACUAUUACAAAUAGAUUCAUUAAAAUCGAAACCAAUCUAAUUAAUAAAAAAAAUGUAAAAUUACUUAAUAAUUU